ACAAAACAAAUGCACUCUUUUCUCAUUUGAUAAGAUACAAUCAUCUCAUUGAAUUACUCGACACGCAGCCAUCACCUGAUUUACACCCUAUAGAUUAACAUCACAAUCGCAUUCAUUGCUGGCAUCAUCCCAUACACGCUCAUUCAGCAGCAACAACGAAAACAACAAUAGACGUGGUCGUGCUUUUGGCGACUGCUGGCUCGAUAGAUCACCAACAACCUCUCCAGCAAAUCACCAAGUGUAUGCGAAGAAACAACUGAAUAGAAUUAGAGGAAAAGUGGUCUGAACAGUCUAUGUCCAACAAAGAUGAACGGCAAACCAGAAGUUGACAAUUUGGACACGAUGACUUUGGGAGAGGAAGGAAAUGCAAAUGAACAGCAACAAGUCAUUGACAACCCCAUGGAUACAGACGCAACCACAGAAGAAGCACUCCCUUCUCCUCUCCCACCGCCUCCAGCACCAGCACCUCCACCGCUUCCUACACAAAAUGAAGAUCCACCGAGCUCUUUGCAUGGCCUGUUCUCUCAGGAUGGAGGAGAUUUCCUUACAAACCGAUUCCGGGCCGCCGGAAAAGGUACAAGUGUGACAGAAUCAACGACAUCCGUCACAGAACCAUCUUCACAGCCUAUCGGAAGGGUUACACGCUCUCAAACAGCGGCUGAUAGAGGAAGCGAAAAGAAUGCAGGAUUGACGGGAUUGUAUAACCUUGGAAAUACGUGUUUCAUGAAUUCAGCUUUGCAGUGUAUGUCCAAUACGAAAGAGCUGAAGGAUUAUUUCGUCAGUGGAGUGUACAAGAAUGAGGUCAAUACUGAUAAUCCAUUAGGUAUGGGAGGAGCAAUGGCAAAAGUGUUUGGAGAAUUAUUGGGAAAGUUAUGGGGCAGUGGUGGUGGAGCUGUUCAUCCCAGAGAAUUCAAGACUGUCCUUUCUCGUUAUUCGUCACAGUUUGCCGGAUAUGCUCAACAGGAUACACAAGAGCUGCUAGCCUUCUUGUUGGACGGAUUGCAUGAAGACCUGAAUAGGAUCGUAAAGAAGCCCUACGUUGAAGCGCCAGACUGGGAAGGAGGAGGUCUGAAAGAGAUGAUUGCAUUCGCGCAUAAGCAGUGGGAAAUAUACAAGAUGCGAAAUGAUUCAGUCAUUGUUGAUCUCUUUCAGGGUCAAUACAGAAGUACUCUCGUCUGUCCUACUUGCAAGAAAGUAUCAAUCAAAUUCGACCCGUUCAUGUAUCUCACUUUACCCAUACCCAAUCGCAAGUCAAUCAUUCGCAAAGUUGUCUUUAUUGGACCCAAUCGACCGCCAACGGAAGCAGAAGUACGAUUGACCGGGGAAAUGUCUAUCGGAGCAAUGAAGAAGAAAUUGGCAGGUUGGUUUGGCGUUUCGGACAGCAAGCUUUUGAUCGCAUGUGAUGUGUUUCAUAAAUCCUUCUAUCGGGUUUAUCAUGAUUUUGAUCCAGCAAAUGAGAUUGCAACAAACGAUGUGACGUACGUAUACCAGCUACCGAAGCCGAUUGAACCAAUAAUACCAGCAUCAAAAUCUCGCUUGACGUUUAACCCAUACUCUGGAACAAAUAUCGAAGCACUAGAAGAAGCCAAUUCGCCGCCUGAGCAAGCAGAGGAUCAAGCCAUCAUCCCACUCUUUUCUGUCGUCGUACCGAAUCGAAAUGAGAGUUCUUACUCUUACCUCAGCAACAGGAAAGAGUCUUUUGGUCAGCCUUUCUUUAUUUCUGUGCCGAAGGACAAGCUGAAUGACGUAAAGGGUAUCGAAGAAGUUGUCAUGCAAGCAUAUUCAUCGCUUGCCACAAAUCCAUCUUCUUUGAAAGAGUAUUUAGAAUCUCUCGAUAAUGAAGAUGAAGUGGCAAAAGGCGAAUCGAAUCAAGAAGGAGACGAUGUCGCACAAGAUUGGGACAUGGUUGAAGAAACAAAGGUUACCGUUUUAGACGGCGAAGAGGAUCUGGCGGAGGAUACUGUUGCAGAAAUCAGUGAUGCUGGUGAAACUGUUCGUAUCGUUCCAGAUACGAGGCCAAAUGGAGGUUCUUCCUCUACUCCACAAGAAGUACCCAAAGCUGAGAGUAAAAAGGCAUUCUCGCUACACUUUCUUGUACAUCGGGAAGAUCAAACGCCCACAACACUCAAGCCAGAUGAUUACGAGAAACAUGGCGAGGAGCUGAACAAGAGAGCAGAAAGGUUGGGCCUGAACGAUGCAGAAAGGCAAGGUUCUUCAGCCAAAGCUCGAGAACAAUGGCCUUUGAUCUAUUCGGGCGGAGCACUUGUUUGUGUUUGGAAAGAAGAAGCAAAGGAAGAAUUCUUUAAAGAUAAUGAAGAUUCAUGGUCAAUACCGACAGAAAAGUUUAUCGAUCCUGAAUUGGAAUCUGAACGAAGUUCAACGACAAAGAAGUUCAAAAAGAUGAUCACGAUUGAAGAUUGUUUGAACGAAUUCACGAAAGAAGAACAAUUGGGUGAAUCUGAUCCAUGGUAUUGUCCGAAUUGCAAAGAGUUCAAACAAGCUACGAAGAAGUUUGAUUUAUGGAAAGUGCCGGAUAUCUUGGUCGUACAUCUCAAACGUUUCAGUGGCGGUAGAAUCUCAAGAGAUAAGAUUGAUAGCUUGAUCGAUUUCCCAAUCGAUGGCUUGGACCUUACCGAUCGCGUAGAAGGAGCGAAAUCAGUACAACAAAUACAUGAAGAAGAAGGCGAAGAAGGUGACAAGCUAAUGGAAAGUAUUGGAUCUUUGGAUGCAAAUGAUGAUGCUGUUGAAAGUGAUGCGCCUUUGUACGAUUUGUAUGCGGUUGAUAAUCACUUUGGAGGCUUGGGAGGCGGACAUUAUACAGCCUAUGCAAAGCAUCCCGAAACCGAACAAUGGCACUACUUUGACGAUAGUAGUGUAAGGCCUGUACAAGAUCCCAAUGACACGAAAAGCCCGGCGGCUUAUUUGUUGUUCUACAGGAGACGAACUACUAGACCGAUCGGUGGUAAGAGUAGAGAAAUGGUACGACAGCUUGUGAAAGAAGAAGGAGAAAAGAAAGAGCAAGCGCAAGCGGAAGAAGGCGCAAAAGGAGAUGAUGAGAUGACAAAGCUAGAAGAAAGUCCUACAGGUACAAUCAGUCCACCUUGGGAUAGAACACCUUCUUCGGGAGGAAGAAAUGAUGGAAAUCUGGGGGACGUUGAUGAUACCGCCAAUUCCGAUCAUGGUUCAAUGCAACUUAGCAAUGAUGAUCAUGUAAUUUCCAUUUAGACACGAUCAAGCGCGUAUAUCAUCUGUAAUUUCAACUUUGUAUUUGAGCAAUGCAAUAAGAGAUAAUAGUGCAC